GUUUGCGGUUUAUAUUCCUCGAUAUAUAUUUUAAUUACUCCGUUACGGCAUCUGCUGGUCUAACAUGACGGGAAGGUUGUCUGUGUUUGUAGCGCUGGUGACGCUGGCGGCUGCGCAGCAUGUGGACGGUGAUUCACAUGAGACGUGGGAUUUCAUUUAUAAAAACUUGAUGCUGUUAUGGCUGAACAGGUUCUAUGUCUAUUAUGGUGCAGCAAUUGGCAUCACUAUCUGGCUCUGCGGUCAAUUUAUUACCAGGAGAAAGGGUGUCAAGUACUUGUCCCAGAAUGGCUCUCCCCUGUUGAAAACGGACCGUUCAGUUAAGGACAGUAAAUCUGAACCCAUGUCGAAGGAGGUUUUUGUUAGCGGUGUGAAAAUUUUCUAUGGCUCCCAGACUGGCACUGCAAAGGUGUUUUCAAAACUACUCGCAGAAGAUAUCACCAACCUGGGUAUACCUGUUGAAGUUAUAAACAUGAAGGAAUAUGAUCCAGAUGACCAUUUAGUGGAUGAGACUAAUAGCAAAAGUAUCUGUGUGUUCCUGGUUGCCACUUAUACCGACGGACUUCCUCCGGAGAGCGCAGAAUGGUUCUGCAAAUGGCUGGAAGAAGCCUCCAAUGACUUCCGCUUCGGGAAAACAUAUCUCAAAGGCAUGAGAUAUGCUGUGUUUGGAUUAGGGAAUUCUGUGUACAGCAGUCAUUACAAUACGGUUGGUAAAAACAUUGAUAAAUGGCUGUGGAUGCUGAGUGCCCUCCGUGUUAUGACUCGAGCUGAGGGUGACUGCAAUGUAGUAAAGAGCAAGCAUGGUAGUAUUGAAGCUGACUUCAGUGCCUGGAAAGCCAAGUUUUUGAGCAGGCUGCAAGCCCUUAUGAAGGGAGAGAAGAAGACCUGCAGUGGGAAGUGCAAAAAGGGAAAGUGCAAGUCAAAGAAGAGUUCCAGUACAGCGUCGGUGGAGGAAGAUGAAAAGAGGCACGCAGACUCGGAAAAUGAGCAGACAGAGGAGGAGCUGUAUGAAACAACCAGUGAGUCGGAGGCUGAAGGGGAAAGCGAAUCUGGAGCCAGUGGUCUUAUUGAUGUUGAGGAUUUGGGAACCGCUAUGAGUAGUAUGAAAAAAGCUAAGAGAGAACAGCACUUUACUGAUGUGGCUGGAAACCCAGGCAAGUCUCUGCAGAACAGUGAAACCAAGGAGAGCGAGGAACCGAGAGAAAUGAUUACCCCUGCUCUCCAGGAGGCCCUCACUAAACAAGGUUAUAGACUGAUUGGAAGUCACUCGGGUGUCAAGCUGUGCAGAUGGACCAAGUCCAUGCUACGGGGAAGAGGAGGAUGUUACAAGCACACUUUCUAUGGCAUCGAAAGUCAUCGCUGCAUGGAAACAACUCCAAGUCUGGCUUGUGCCAAUAAAUGUGUAUUCUGCUGGAGACAUCAUACAAAUCCAGUGGGAACAGAGUGGAGGUGGAAAAUGGACCAGCCUGAAAUGAUCGUAAAAGAGGCUAUUGAGAACCACCAAAAUAUGAUUAAGCAAUUCAAAGGUGUACCAGGAGUGAAACUGGACAGGUUUGAAGAAGGGAUGGCUGUCAAACAUUGUGCACUGUCCUUGGUUGGUGAACCGAUCAUGUAUCCAGAGAUCAACAGGUUCCUUCAGCUGCUUCACCACAAGGGAAUAUCCAGCUUUCUAGUUACAAAUGCACAGUUCCCCGAGGAAAUAAGGUGCCUGGAGCCGGUCACUCAGCUGUAUGUGAGUGUAGAUGCGAGCACUAAAGACAGCCUUAAGAAAAUUGAUCGCCCACUCUUCAAAGAUUUCUGGCAAAGAUUUCUUGACAGCUUGAAGGCUUUGGCAGAAAAGGAACAGAGAACUGUUUAUAGGCUGACCCUAGUGAAGGCAUGGAAUGUGGAUGAACUAAGAGCGUAUGCCGACCUGGUUACUGUAGGGAGGCCCGAUUUCAUUGAGGUCAAGGGUGUAACCUAUUGUGGAGACAGUUCUGCCAGUAAUUUAACCAUGGCAAAUGUGCCUUGGCACGAGGAAGUCAUCCACUUUGUACAAGAGUUAGCUGAUCUCUUACCAGACUAUGAAAUUGCUUGCGAGCACGAACACUCAAACUGUAUGCUGAUUGCCCAUAAGAAGUUCAAGAUUGACAGUGAAUGGUGGACUUGGAUUGAUUAUGAGAAGUUCCAAGAACUUGUCCAGGCUUAUGAGAAGAGUGGAGGCAGUCAAAAAUUCACCGCUCUGGACUAUGUGUCAAAAACUCCCAAGUGGGCUCUGUUUGGUUCCCAGGAGCGAGGAUUUGAUCCUGUGGAUACAAGAUUUCAAAGGAAAAACAAAACAAAGGACAUCUCUGGUUGUUAGCAUUUUUUGUAUUAUUUAAAUGUUUUUUUGCAGCAAACAUAUCAUGAGAAUGUACGGUUUUAUGUCAAAUUCCAAAAGGCCUCAAUAUGUUUUGGGUGAGAUUGCAAUAAAUUGAAAAGCAAGAAGCAAAAGUUAGCACAUAAG